CGCACUUAAACCAAAAAUUUUAAGACACAUUCUCUUCGUCUUGACUACCAUAAAAAUGUCUAUGAAUAUUAAUAUUGACUACCAACGACUUCCUUGACUUUCUCGCUGCAUUUUGGACCAUCCGCAUCCAUGCUUGGUCUUCUAUACAGCUUUUUACUCCUAAGUGCUGCACACCAGUGCCUAGCAUAUACUUUGCUUUAUUCAUCACCACAUAACUCCAGCUAUGCGUUUCUUCAGCAACUGCGAAUCCAUGACUUUACAAAGACUGUUUGCGCUGAAGAUAUGAUUUAUCCAUGGUGCGAUAUUGACCUCAAACAACGGUACAAUUCUAAGAGCCGGCAUGUGAGGACUGUAGAUAUACUCAAGGCUGCUCUACAAGCCCUCCCGCAUGAAGAGGUGUUUUUUAUAGCGGAGGAUGGCAUUCUCCCGGACAUCGAUUACAUCGCGGAUGUUGCCGAAGCAAUCCAAACCAGUGGAAAAAUGUACUGGGGAGCUGCUACAAAUUGCUCUAUGCCGCAAGAUGGCUCCAAAGCCCCAGUAUGCAUGCAGGAAGAUUUUUACGGCUUGUCUAGGCCUAUGGCCAGUUGCUUUGUGCAAGCUGCAUCCCAUAAUGCAACCGACAGCGUAAACCAAAGCACCUUUUUCGGCGACACUGUUUAUCAGCAUUGUAAGCAUUUGGAUAUCGAGUACAAGUAUCGUAACGAGAGCUUGAUAUGGAAGAAGGUGUUCCACGAUAUGAACAAGUGCGUCAAUCUCAACUUCUCACCUGAAACAGAAAAAUGUUUUUAACCGCCAACAUGGUGAACACUCCACCACUGAUAAAAAGAGUAUAGAGACAAGCGUGUAUAUUC